AUGAUUAAAAAUCAACAGCUACCUCCGCAUCAACGCCGAUGCCUGGAUAGGACAAGUAAACUGUACAAGUUAUCGCCUUUUCUAGACGACCGCGGAGUUGUUCGAAUGGAGGGUCGGAUUGCCGGCUAUCCUGAAGCAUCUUUCGAGUACAAGUAUCCCGUAGUGCUGCCAAAGGACCAUAUUGUAACUUCAUUGAUUGUUGAUUCGUACCAUAGGCGGUUCAACCAUAUCAACUCAGAGACAGCGGUUAAUGAAAUGCGACAGAAAUUCCACUUGUCGGAAAUGAGGGCGGCAUUUCGAAGGACUCGGAAGCGCUGUUAUUGGUGCAGGGUGUACAAGGCGACUCCAGCAGCUCCAAGGAUGGCACCUUUACCAGCUGCCCGAGCUACUCCCUACGUGAGACCUUUCAGUUUCGUAGGAAUUGACUACUUUGGUCCGCUGUUAAUCGUACAAGGCAGACAGGAGGUCAAGCGGUGGGUCGCGCUCUUCACUUGCUUGACUAUCAGAGCAAUACAUCUCGAGCUUGUUACAAGCUUGACAACAGAAUGUUGCAAAAUGGCGAUACGGAGAUUCGUAGCACGGAGAGGGGCACCUUCGGAGAUAUAUAGUGAUCGGGGAACCAACUUUGUCGGAGUCAGCGGCGAAUUAAGGGAGCAGAUAAAAGGUAUUAACAACGAUUUGGCCUCAACGUUCACCAAUACUACGACUCAAUGGCGGUUCAACCCACCAGCUUCACCGCACAUGGGGGGGUCUUGGGAACGUAUGGUUCGGUCCGUAAAAUGUGCUUUAGCUGCGCUGUCUGUUGAGCGUAAGCCAAACGAAGAAACUUUGGUUACAUUGCUGGUCGAAGCAGAAUCUGUGGUGAACUCGAGGCCAUUGACCUACAUGCCCCUCGAGACUGAGGAACACGAGUCGCUAACGCCAAACUGUUUCCUCUUGUUAAGCACUAGCGGAGUGAAUCAACCUUCAUCCGAACUGAUCAACGAUAAGCUAUCAUUGCGUUCCAACUGGUUCUUAUAUCAGCGGCUCUUGGACCAGUUCUGGACGCGCUGGAUAAGGGAAUAUCUUCUCACUAUUACCAAACGAACCAAAUGGUUCGCAGACACCAAACCGGUGGAGGCCGGAGAUUUGGUGAUGAUCGUAGAUGACCGACUUCGGAAUGGGUGGAUCAGAGGUCGCAUUCUGCGAGUGUUCCCUGGCAGGGAUGGCAGAUGUCGAAGUGCCAACGUCAAAACAUCUACAGGCAUUCUACGGCGUCCAGUUGUAAAAUUGGCCGUCCUUGAAGUGGCGGAUACUGCUCGUGAGGACACGGAGCAAUACGGGUCGGGGAAUGUUCAGGACGGUACCCUAUCACCCAAAAAUUUCUCUGUGGGGCCAGAAGUACCAACUGAUGAGUGUCGACAACCGUCGCCGCAGAUAUGA